UUGCUGUAAGUGGAUGAAAUAAACAGAAUAUCUACCUAUCUAUCUAUCUAUCUAUCUAUCUAUCUAUCUAUCUAUCUAUCUAUCUAUCUAUCUCUACUGACCACAUUUCUAUUGUCUUUCCUCCCCCGCCUCCAUCACCACCACUGACCACACUUCUAUUGUCUUUCCUAUACCACCACCACCACUACCAUCAAAUGUCUUUCCUCUACCACUAAAACCACAUUUUUAUCGUUUUCUCUUCACUAUCACCACCACUACCACAUUUCUGACCAUUUCUAUUGUCUUCUCUCCACCACCACCAUAGCCACAAUAAUUCUAUUGUCUCCCUUCACCACCAACACCACAACCACAACCACAUUUCUGCCUUUCGCCCUCUACCCUUACCACUUCCACCACCACUGUUUUUCUAUAAUCGUCCCACCAUAAUUACAUCGUCUUCCCUCCACCACCACCACUACCAAAACAUUUUUAUUGUGUCCCUCCACAACCACCACUACUACAUUGUUAUUGUCUUACCUCCUUCACUACCACCACAUUUCUUUUGUCUUUCGCCCUUCACCAUUACCACUUCCACCACCACAAUUACAGGGGAUUUGACGUUCUGUUGCUCUUGCUAAAUCUUCUUUUGCACACGUAAUGAAACCAAGUCAAGGUUUUUUCAAGUAGUUUGUCUGAGUUGCCUCACAUUCCCGUAAAACAAAACUGGCAAAUGUUCUUCUCUUGCACGUCUUGCGUGAAAGUCAUUUUAUAAAGUUUUUCUACGUAAUGCCUCUGGCUAGUUCGGAAAGAAAUUUUUCAGAUUUUAAUUUAUUACUUACGAGGGUUAUCAUUUUUUUAGUUAACUGCCUGAGCUGUUAUACCUGUACAAGUGAGGAUUCCUUGCAAAAUUGUAAUUUGAAGUCAACAAAAAAAGAUUGCCCAUCGGGAACACCGAAUUGUGUCACUGGCACGUUAAUAUGUUCUGCAGGGGAAGUCACGAAAACUGUCUUCUACAAGAGAUGUGGAACCAAAGGCGAGGACUGCGACCCGUCAGAUUAUCCCUCCUGUCCUUCGUCACAGGGAGGAUGGUUAUUCGGCACUUCAGGCAAAUGUUGCACUGGUGACAACUGUAACUCUGGCCCACGUAAUACGAUCAACGGCGCACUUACAGGAAUGUCUAUUUUGCUGGCCUUCUUGGGGUUCUCCUACUUUUAAACACUUCAUAUCGUAAUUAACCUUUCAUAGGCUUUUUUUAGUUACUAAACUUCGAAAACCAACGAUAUAUGUAACAAAAUCAAGAAAAGCUAUUUAGUUUAGCCGCCGGGAUUAAGCAGCUAAAAAUAAAUAACACCCACCGGCAGAGGUUCCUAUUUUUCUCAACAUGCUAGAUGACAGAACACUGACAGAAGUUAGAGCUAGUACAUUAAAAGUAUGAAUGCAACUAUUAUACUUUAACAAAUUCUACUGCUUACAUAGUCAACAACGGC